AGGUCCACGUGGUCAUGGAUCACAGUGGUGGCAACAGUCGUGCCUCGUCGUUCAAGUGUGCAAGAACGCCGGUCUUCAUCAUCUCCGCUGGCCGUUGUCGGGAGAGGAGAGCAGUCGCGAAAAAACGCGAAAUAAGAAGAAGUAAAGGGGAAGGAGAAGGAAGAAGAAGAAGCGGACAAGCAGAAGAAGAAGAGGGCAAGCCGGGACAAGCUCGCUUUCGUUUGCUGAUUUCGCGCGCUGACCGCAAUCGGCGAUUCCCCGCUCACAUAGAGCACACGUCUCGAGCGUGUGCUGACCGCGAAUUCGUUCUUCGGUGCACUAUCUUCGAGGUGCGCGAUGUGCGGGAGAGUCUGCGAGGACCACGGAAUCGAUCGCUGAUCUUUGUGCGACUCGUACUGUUGCGUCUCUACCGCGGCGUCGCGAUUUCCGCGCGUUUCGACAAAGCCGACGCGCUUGGUUCGACUUCGCAUAUAAACUUUAUCUGCGGCCACGAGAAAGGUCGGAGUGUAUCAGUCGUGACAAGUUUCGUCGUGCAGUUCACGACUGUCCUCGCGAAGAUGUGGGUCGAUCAGCUUGGACUUCUUCUUUGGAAGAAUUACAUCGUGCGGAAACGACAGCCGGGAAUUCUGGCGUUGGUCUUUCUCUGGCCAGUAGCUGUCUUCAUGCUUCUCUACACGCUGCGCGAUAACGUCGAGCCAGAAUAUUAUCCAACGUGUCAAUUUCCCGCAAGGUCAAUGCCGCAAGAUGGACUUCUGCCUUUCGUACAGACUUACAUAUGCAGCGUCGGUAAUCCUUGCGAUCCGCUGUCGGAGUACGAGGAAAUGCCUUCGUACAAGAAUGCCACUUUAGGCUCUUUAGUGGUGGAACUGCAGCCGAUGCUUAAUAACAUGACAAUUAUCUCCGCCGUGGAGACGUUGCCACAGAGUAUUCAGCUGUUAAAGUCGAUGGCGCAGAUUCUCACCAAGCCAGAAAUCAAGGCGUUUUUCGACCGUGGGAUCUUUUUGGGCGACCUGUUCAAUAAUCAUGAGCAAAUUAAGGAUCUGUUGAAAUCACAAUUGCCAGGAGCGAGGGAAGGAUUGGUUGAUGGUUUGUUCGAGUCAUCCGUCAAAUUAAUAUAUGUCAGUAUUAUCUUAGCCAUUACGCGUUAUUUUUGCGAUAUUGCGAUAAAGAGAGGAUGGCUCGCUCAUCGAUUUCUGUUACAGUUGAUUCAAACUUUCGGCUCGUCUAACAUCGAAGGCGUCGUCUGCUCAGCGGAGAGCUUGAAGAAAUAUUUGAUUGUGCCUAAAGAAGAGGAUUAUGAGGAAAUCUCGAAUCUCCUGUGCAACAUCGACUCGAAGGCGAUCCCUGAUAUUCUGGAGAACCUCACGAAACAUCUGGAUUUCUCCGGUCUAUUGGAGAUGGUGGACCGCGCAAUGGCGAAAUUUCGCCAUUAUAGCUUCUUUCAGGAUCUGAAGCGGACGACGGAAGUCAUUCUGGAUCUGAAAACGACCAAGAAAUACGCACCCAAGUACCUGAAGCUGCACGAGUGGCUACCGAAGAUAAUUUUGGCAUUCGAAAACGUAACCUUUAAGGAAAUCGACCUCGGCUUCAUUAACAAAGCCAUAGUUAUUUUGGAUCCCGUGUUCAUGCAAGAACGAGAAUGGCCUAUCGCCCGGGGUGGACUUUUAAAAUUAAACAGACUCCUGAAAAUAGUGAAAGAGGUUCUGAAGUACGGAAAAUCCAAUUCUACGGAUGAUUUCUUCAGCGUGAUGGAUCAGAUAGCAGGAACGAUAUCGUCUUUCUCCUCGAACUCGGAUAAGUACGAGAACAUCACCAAGAUAUUAGAUCUGUCUUUCCUGAUCUUGCAAGAUGGUGUCAAGCUCACUGAUAAACUGUUGGAUCGUUACGUCGAUAAAUUUGAGUUGGCCGCCGGAGUCUUCGAUAAACUCAGAAGCUUCUUCCACGAGAACAUAAUGAAUUCGUUGACAUACAUUGUAUCUCUGAUGGACAACAUCGUGCAAAUCACUCAUCACGUUGCAGUUCUCCACGAAGAUACAUUGAGGAGACUGUACGUAGUUUCUAGGAAUCAUCAGGAUCUGGUGCAAAAGAUAUUGACGAACUUAGAUUCUAACGUGUACAGAACGAUCAUUCGAUCCUUCUCCCGACUGGAUUUCUUAGAGCGACUGACGGAUGAUCUGAGAAAAGCGAAACCCGAUGAAGUAUUCUGUCAGAAGAACGUAACGAACGAGAUAUUCGACAAUUUCAUCGAGUUCAAAGACAGAUCCGACAAAAUCGUAGAGUUACUCUGCAGCGAUUCUGGAAAAGAAUAUAUCACUGACGUUUACAAUAGCUUUGAGUUCGACAAGUUCCAGACAAUCCUGGCCAAAACUCUAUCGACUUUGGUCCUCAUGGCGUUCAAGCAAUUAGUCAGGAUCGAGAAUGCGAACUUAACGUCCGUCGUGGGGCAUAUCAAAGAGUUCCAAACAUAUCUGGACGUGAGGAAAGUUCAAUACUUGGACUGGAGCGUUUUCCAAGUCAGCGACGACUGGGAAAAAACUUUCGAGGAGACGCGUAGUCAAGGCAGGAUGGAUAUUCUGGCGAUUCAUUUGAGCAUAGCGCAGAUGGUAGGCGUUCGCAGUAUAUCUUACGCGACCAUCAAACCAGACUUGGAUAACAUCGACAUAUUGGCCGAAGAGAUUCUGCGCAACCUACAAGCUAACCCCACUAACUGGAUCGCGGAAGUAAACCAACACAAAACCGAGCUGAUCGAGUCGUUCUACCUCACUGUGACAGACAGGCAGAAGACGCUGCAGAUCCUGACAUAUUCAAAUUUCACGAGGACCUACUGCACGGACCAGAAUCCGCCGGCUUUGUUGAACUUCCCCAGGGAGUCGAACGCCACGCUUCUCAAGAAGCUGGUGUGCUACCUAUCGAAAUCGGUGCAGGAUAGCCUGGAAGUGAACGUGACCAACGUCGAUAUCAAGAUGGUCGCCGCCCACAGGGAGCGGGAAUUUAAUUGGACGGCCUUCAACGAGAAGAUAAUCGAGAUUUACCAGUACAUCGACACGGCGGUGAAUCAAGAAGAUCAACGGUACAACUCCAAGAGGAUGGAGAAAUUGAAGCGGGAUUUCGAGAACUCGUGGACGACGGACGUGACAGUGAGAGACGCGUGGGAGAUCAGCGUAGGUUCAAUCUGCAAGCUCUUUAGCAUAAUGGAGAGUCCGGUGUUCGGGAUACAGACCAAACAACGUUGGAAGGAUGUUUAUGGCGUCGCAUGGGUAGUCUCGUUGAUCUUCGAUAAGAUCGAGAAGUUGGUGGACGAUGUUCAACUGAACCAGAACGUGGCGAACCUCACCAAUGUGCUGCAGGACAUGCCGCAGACCGAGAUGCUCGUCGGCUCGUUCCUGAGAGGUUUACCUCGGGUCAUUCUCGACGUGAUCGAUAUGAUCACGCUGAGGGCGGUGUCUCUUAUAUCGGUUAUCGACGAUUACAAGUUGCGUGAGCGGCUUUGGCCUUGUGUUCUGAACGAAAGCAUUGGCGUCGCGAUGCAGCUGAGAAACGAGAGUCGCGAUGUCGUGCAAGAGAUCGAGCGGAUCGCCUGCAGCCCGGGUAACUUUAUCAAAGAGUGGACGGAGCAACCGAUAAUCGCGAAGGUCCGAAAACUGCUCGAUCAUAAAGAAAAUGUGGAAGUCUCGCCGUUCAAUUGGACGACGGGCUAUAGGAAAUUUCGGCAAGUGGUGAAAAAGCUCGACGACCUGAUAAACGACGCUAAGGAAGUCGUCUUGGCGGAAGAACCGAACAUGAAGAAGUAUAUCAAGAUAGUCGUGAGCGAAGCGGACAAAAUUGUGGACGAGAGACUGCCAGAGAUGAAGACCGAUUGGAAGAACACUCUGGAUCACAUCGAUCUGGAGAUUGACAAGACGGUCAAAGCUUUCGGCAGCGAGCUAUCCGCGAGUAACAUUUGGAAGCCGGAAGUCGACGAUACCGAUCGUAUUCUCAUUCUUCUGAAAUAUGUCUCCAACUUCAUUCACAAAGGCGUCCGAAUCGUGACCAACGUAUUGAAUAAAGGCACAGGAAAAAUCAAUUUAUUAUCCCUAUUGGGAUUCGACAACACGACUCCUGUUGCCAUCUUCCACGAUAAGCUACCUUAUAUCCUGUCGACGCUGUUGAACGGAAUAUCCGAUCCGAAAAUCGAAAGAAAAUUCAUCAGCUCGCUAGAAAACCACACCAGGAUCACGUGCUCGAUGAUGUUCGAAUGGCUGUCAGACACCAGAGUCGGCUUGAGUGAAGCGGAGUACAAGACCUUGAAGAAUUUUACCUGCGACCUCAAUCCCGAGAACUUCAACGUAUAUAUCGACUUCUAUGCAGACGAAAUAAUGACUUGGAUGAAUCCCGUCAAAACAUAUCGAUCUCACAUAGUCUCAAUGAUCGGUGACCUAUACAAUCUCGCAAAAGUCAUCGGCCUCACUAUGAAGAACAACAUAGUCAUUGAACCGCCUUUCCCGAAGCAGUAUUUGGACGAUAUGUUGCUCAAACUACGAGAUACGCUGGAAGUCCAACAAACGAGAGGCAUUUUAGACAAGGAAUUGAAGCUGGGUCAAGAAUGGUCCGAUUACAAAUUACUGAUUGAGGGUGUGUCGGAGGCUUUGAUGCACAUUAACGACGCUCUGAAGAACGCGAAGAUACGCAAUCACAGAAUCGAAACCUGGGAAUUGAUGGAAAACGGCGACACAAGACAAAUGCUGAAAAUUCUGGAGGCUCAUCCCGAAGAAACCAUCGCGUUAGUCGCCAUUCUCAACACGUACAACCGCACCACCGGCAAGUUACGGCCAUUCAAGGAUAUCAGGAGGGACAUGUGCAUUAAUCAUUUCGGCUCUGAUUACUGGAACGAGCAACAUAGGUUGCAUUUUCUACAUGAAGUGUGCUCCUUCGAUCCUUAUCAACUACUGAAGUCUAUUACGAGCGAUGAAUAUCACGAUGUUAUCACUGGACGAACGACUGUCCUUCAGAGACUGACGCCACUGACCAUGUCAUUAUCAAAAUUACUGGACACCGUGUGGAAUAUCACGAGAACGUCGCCGGAACUGAGUCUCAAGUCAAAUAUUUUAAACGUAACGACGUGGCAGAAUCUGUCCAACGACACGUGGGACUUGAUCCUGAAGUCUGAGAAAUCUUGGAUCGACGUUUACUUCUUUUUCCACAAGUACUAUAUGAUAUCGCACGUCUUCUCUAAAGUGGAUGUCGGCAGACUGUUCCAGAAUCUGGAAUCUGUGAUUGAGCUCGUAUCAGGCGGAGAUAUUUGGCAGAAGCUUCGCAUCAUGUACGAGAGCUCGAAAAUUAAGCCGCUGCUGAACCUCAUAGAGGAUAUGCCUAAUCUCUUAAUCACUGCCGCUGAGACUUUUGUCUCGUCUGAGCGACUGGAUGACUUCUUGCAGAAGCUCUUACUCGGUCAGCUGCAUCCUUGUGACAUCGAUCGAUACCUGAUUCCACCGAACUACAUAAGGAGGAAAGAUCUAUUGUCCAGUAUCACGAAUUUCUGCCAGAAGAUCGUUCUGAGCGACAAGGAUUUGACAUGGAUGAAUAUUCUGCCGUUCUUUGAGAAGUAUCACUAUGAGAAUUCGACGCUUAAUAUGUCCAACUGGGAAAUUUUUAAACGGGCAUACGAAAUGCAGUGGUUGUACGGAUUCCAGACAACUUUGAUCCGCGCUUUGUCGGAAGGCUACAAGCAACCGAAGAUCCCUACGUGGUGGACGUCUUUCGAGGAGGGCACUUAUAAGGAUUUUGUCGCACAAUAUAAAAGGAAGGACAUAAAAGUUCUGGCAGAUUCGAUGGUGAAAAAAACCGUGUUGCUCCUGAAGAAUAUUUUAAAGACUUAUUUCAAUACCAAAGAUUGCACAUGGUGCGUCACGCUUCCGAUGGAGAUUUUAAAUUCACAGUUAUCGCAAUAUAACCUUUACCCGGAUUUCCUCUGUCAACUGAAUCGAUUGAACAUAUCACAGAUAGAUAACAGCCUGACGAACAACAUUAAUUGGAAUAAAACUACCCAAAUGGUCAAGGACUACAAACAUUUGAAAAAGAAUAAGACGCUAGAUGAGUUCUUAGAUACGCUUGAGACUACUUUGCACUAUGUAGCUAACAUUAUAAUUAAUUUCCAAAAUGAGACGUAUCACGAGACGGUGACCGGCUGUUUCAACAAAUUCAUCGGCAAGCCUAUGUUUUCCCGACCAGGCUUAUAUGUUAUGUUAAUGUUGAGCUUACUGGAUAUGUUGGAAAAUAACGUUUUUCUCUUGGAUUCGUUGGCGUAUCACGAAGAUAUUAACGAAUUGACGAGACUGGCCGAGGAGCACGUGUCGAUUUGGAUGCCGUUGCGCGACGUGGUGAAGCGGUCCGAUCUCGCUGACGUUGACGCUUUAUUACCGAACGCCACUAUCAACGUGAACGCGGUUCUGAGCAAAUUGAACACGACUCUGUGUCGCACGAAGAGCGAUUGCCGGAACGCGACUAUCCUGUACAAUUUUCUCAUCUCAAAAAAAGCGGGCAAGGUCUUACGUUAUGACCCGAAAGCGGCCAAAUAUCCGUCGGUGGCCGAUAUUUCGAACCGGUUGGCUCUCAGUCUGGAUGUGGAUCUCAUAAAUCGGCAGCGGCCGUUUUGGCGCUCACAGGCCUCCUGGGAUCUCACCUGGCUGAAGGAAAUCCUGCAUCAUCUGUCCACGAUCCUCGGAGAAAGCGGGAAUCUGCUGGACGUUGCUAGUAAAAUAGAUUUCGAAGACGUUUCCAACGUUCUUGGAGUUCCCGACCUCGCUGAUGGCAUAAUCAGCAUAUUGAACGACAAGACAGUCGAUAAGCUGUUUGACGGGAUGAAUGAUCUCCUGGAGGACGUGGAGCCGCUUGUGCAGGAUCAAGAAGUAAUCGAUGAUCUGCGCAGAAUGGUCGUGGCACUGGAAUCGAUGGAGAUUUUCAAGAACUUAGGACUGCUGGAUAUGAAAUACGUUGUCAGGAAGAUGUUCGACAAUUGGGACAUGGUGAGAUCGUUCCUGCGCGAUAGGAUUAACGUCAACAACGAGAUUCUCCUCACGUUAGCUGAAGCCAAGAUAGAUAUGAUCUCGGUCUUCAUGAGGGAACGCGGCGUCAUCAGCCUGAAAGACACUAUCUGUUCACCCGAGAAACUUGGCGAUAUGUUAUAUUUCAAUAAUAGCCUCGUAACUGUCGAUGAAGUUAGCUCCGCACUUUGCCAAUUGAACGACUCGCAGACGCAGAAUAUCACCAUCACAUUGCUCAAAAAUUUAAACUUCGAUUACAUCUUUAAAAAUUUGAUGAAUGCUAACGUGAAGAACAUCUUGACCAAUGCGAAUUUAACCGAGGCCGAAGGAAAAGUUGUACUGGACAAUCUCGGCGUUGCCUCGGAAUUAUUUCCGUUUUUCAAAGAUAAAUUGACGGCGAGCUUACCGUCGGCAAAGCAGAUGGAUGAGAGCAACGACGAAGAAACGGGGGAAACGAUGUCCAAUUCACAAUUUCUGAAUGACGCCAGCGCACUGCUCUGCGGUAAAAAACUAAUGUCAAAGAAUGGGCAAAUUUACAAAAUUAUAUCCAGUCUGGAGGAUAGCAAUAAGGCGUACGAUCAGAAGGAACUCAAUUCCCUGCCAAACGAUUUCUGCAGACAGACGUACAAAGAUGUGCUCACUAUACCCGCCGGCAAAAUCAUCUGGUCGUACGUUAAGCCUCUGUUACGCGGCCAAAUUCUUUACGCGCCUAAUACUACCGUGAUCAACGAGGUAAUGACGCUGGCGAACGAAACCUUUGUACAGAUGGAGCACUUCAGGGUGCUGAUCAAUAGUUUCGAGAAGACCCUUAAAUCUCUGGCCAAUCUGUCAGAGAUGGGCGACAGUUUAAAAGAGUUGCAAAGUAUCUUGGCCUCCGACGUGAUGAAAGUCGCGGUCAAGUCCAUGGGAAGCGGCAAUUUCGAAGGCGACUUUUCGGACCUGAAUCUCAGCGAGAUCGCGUGGCGACUGAAGAAAUCGGAGAAGAUGAUCUCGAUGGUGGGCAUGCUGAACGAUAUGAUGGGUUGCGUGUUGGUGAACAGGACGAUAGGAUUCUCCACGGAAGAGGAACUGGAAGCAGCGGCCAGCCGCUUGACCAACACCAACGAGUUCUUGGCUGCAGUGAUCUUCCUGGAUGAUUCCUCGCCGCGCUCGAAGAGAUCCCUGGAUCUCGAGUUGCCCGAUAAUAUCACCUAUAAGAUUCGUAUGGACGUGGACUACGUGCCGUCUACUACGCGACUGAAGAAUCAAUUUUGGAUUCCCGGCCCAGAGAGCAGUUUCCUUGAACACCUCAGGUACCUCCGUGGUUUCAUACAGCUUCAAGAUUCCGUCGAUCGCGCGAUCAUCAAGGUCAAGACCCGGAGGGAUCUCAGUUGGAGGACGCUCACGCAACAGAUGCCGUAUCCUUGCUGGAAAUUCGCACCCUUCCAAUCGACGCUGUACGAGUCUCAAGGGUUGCAGGUGUGCUUCUUCUUCGCGUUAAUGAUAUGCGUUGGAGCGGCCGUCCGACAUAUUGUUUGGGAGAGGGAGUCGCAAAAUGCGAUGGUGAUGAGCGUGAUGGGAUUGAAGCCAUGGCGGAACACUUUGGCUUGGUUCAUCACGUCUUUCAUUGAGCUGACGAUCGUGAUGUUGUCGAUCGCCACGAUUUUGCUGGCCGGCAAGAUCCUACCACGAGCGAAUCCUCUACUGAUACUCGUCCUACUUUUCGAUUAUAUCUUCUCGAUAGUGACCUUUUGCUACAUGAUCUCGACGAUGUUCAGCUCCGCCAGCCUCGCCGCGGUUACCACGGUCGUCAUGUUCCUGUUAACUUACAUGCCGUACGUCAUUGUUAUCGCCAUGGAGGCCGUAUUUGGACUCGGAUAUAAACUUUUAAUCUGUUUAAGCAUGUCCACCAGCUUCUGCUACGGAUGUUUGUACGCUGUGCGAAAAGAAGUUCAAGGUACCGGUAUAUCUUGGGGAAACAUCUGGGAAGAGUCGAGUCCUGGCGAUCCGAUGUCUUUGGGAUUGGUGCUGCUGACCCUCGCGUUCGACGGAUGCCUAUACGCUGUGAUCGGCUAUCUCAUCAGUAGAUACACUAAUUCAGGCAGGUGCUUUCACGGUUUGAGGUCCCGUAGCUUGUGGUGGGCCAACACACGUUCUCUCUAUGGCAGGCCGAGCUACCUCGCCUUCGUCAACAACCUCUAUUUCACUAACGACGUUCUCCAUCCUUCAGCCGCUUAUUCAGAGGACGAGAGCGAUAUCAGCAGUUUGACGGUCACCGAGAAGCAGAUCGGCGUGAAAUUCGACGGCGUCAAGAAAGUUUACCACACCGAGCAGGGUGACGUGAUCGCGGUGGACGACUUCACUCUGAAGCUUUGCGAGGGCGAAGUGACAAGUCUGCUCGGCAGAAAUGGCGCGGGAAAGACCACGAUUAUCAAAAUGCUCACAGGGAUGGUAUCGCCGACCGACGGUGAAAUUUGCCUAAACGGCGAAGAGGGUUGUAAGCCCGACAUAGGAGUGUGUCCUCAAGACAACGUACUCAUCGGCACUCUGACGCCGAAAGAGCAUAUGAUCUUCUACUGGAAGCUUAAGAGGCCUGCCGAUAACAUCGACAUGCAGAGGAACGUUGACGAGAUGCUAGCGUCCUUGGAGCUCGGGCGUCAAGAGCUCGAGCCUGUGGCACGCUUGUCUGGCGGUACACGGCGUCGGCUCUGUGUCGCUUUGGCUUUCCUCGGUUCACCACGAUUGGUCAUCUUAGACGAGCCUGGCGCCGGUGUGGAUCCUGCGGCUAGACGGAGGAUCUGGCGGUUGAUCGACCAACACAGGAUUGGCAGGACCGUGAUCCUGUCGACUCACCACUUGGACGAGGCCGACAUGCUUAGCGACACGGUGGUGGUGAUGCACAAAGGCAAGAUCUUGUGCACCGGCUCGCCAUUGUCCUUGAAGAUGAUGCACGGCCGAGGGUACAGAAUGAACGUUUCAUUCUCGCCCGAUCAGCGCCUAGACAUGAACGACAAGAAGCAUCUGAAGGACCUCCGCACAAUCGUGGAGGAAAUCGUGCCGAACGCCACGAUAAACGAGGUCUCCGAGUCAGAAUUGAUCGUCACGUUGCCUUUCCAGGGGAAAAACGGCAUGAAUAAUGACAUCGCGCAGACGGCGAAGGCUCUGGAGGACAAUCGUAAGCUGCUGGGAUUCUCGCACUUCUCAUUGGAAUGCGACACUCUGGAAAGGGUCUUCCUGGAUCUGUGCGCGCGAGCAGACAGCGGAUCGAGCGCUAUCAGGGCGAGUCAAGAUAGCGUCGCUACCAUAGAGAGUCACGCCGAAAUUUCCGCGCCGGACGACGACGUCGAUCUGAUCACGUCGGAGAUGUUGUCGAAGCCCUCGCCGUUCCGGCAAAUGAGAGCUAUCAUAAAGAAGAGACUGUGGCAUUUCGCGAGGGACUGGAGAGCGCCGUUGGCCGCGCUUGUUUUGCCGACCAUGUUCGUCGCAGUCGCCAUGGGAUUCUCGUUGAUACGACCGCCGUCCGAGGACGAGCCACCUCUGGCUCUGACUCCCAAACUCUACAAUAUUCACCCGACCUACUUUUACAGUAUCGACGGAAGUAACGAUCCGUUCCUGCAACACGUGUCUCUACAGCUGCACGACCGUUUCGGGGACGAUUAUGCUGGCGCGUGGCAAACUUUACCUAACGAUACCGGGACCUGCGAGUGUAUAGACGGUCAGCAAAGCUGUCGCGGUGUUUCUAAAGCCGUCGAAGGUCUUCUCCAAACUUUACCCGGUCGACCUACUUUAGACUGGAUCGUCUCGACACAUCAGGAAUAUAUAGAGAAACGAUACGGCGGCUGGUCUCUAUCUCACUACAAGGAAGAUCCUCUCUUCGUCGUUUGGUAUAAUAACAAGGGUCAUCACUCGAUGCCGGCGUAUUUGAACGCCUUGAACGAGGCAAUCUUCCGAGCAUCCGGAGUGCAAGGGCACUUAACCACACUCAAUCAUCCCUUGAAGUUAUCGAGCGAUCAGCUGAAUCGAACAAGUCUAUUACAACACGUGGCGGACGUCGGUGUGGCAUUGGUGCUUCUGAUAGCGUUCAGUCUGGUCGCAGCUCAGGGAACGAAGGAGUUAGUCAGAGAACGAUUAUCGGAGGAAAAGAGGAUUCUCUAUUUGGCCGGAGUUCACCCUAUCACGUACUGGACGACGGUUUUAAUUUGGGAUUUCAUAGUGUUUGGUUGUGCUAUUUGUCUGGCGGUCAUCGUAUUUGAAAUCUUCGGUCUGUCAGCUUACGUCGCGAAGGAUAAUCUUCUCGGUGUUUGUUUGCUAUUAAUUUUAUUCGGAUGGGCGGCGAUACCGUUUUCGCAUGUCGUCGAGAAAGCGUUCGACGACUCGAGCCUGUCCAACAUGGUACUCUUCUGCGUGAACACUUUCAUAGGUGUGGCCUCUUUGGCGACUAUUCUCGUACUCGACAUCGUCGGCAAGACCAAAACCGCUGAAGACGUGAGGAACAUUCUGCAUUACAUUCUGAUGAUCUUCCCGCAAUACGCCUUCGGCGACGCGCUGGUCCAGAUAUCAACAAACGACAUCACCUCCGAACUGUUGCAAAGAUUCCACAUGGAUACGUAUCAGUCACCGCUCGGCUGGGAUCUCCUCGGUAUCCACUACGUCUUCCUGGUCGUGAUCGGCGGAAUCUUGUUCGUGUUGAAUCUGGUGAUUGAAUGUCGAAUUUUCCCGAACGUGAGGAAACAGAAGAUCAGUUACGAGAUCGCUGAGGAAGACGAAGAUGUUGCCAGGGAGAGACUGAGGGUCGAGGCUGGCAUGGUCGACGAUACCCUGAAGACUCUGAAGCUGCGGAAGGAAUACAGGAGCGUCUACGGGACGAACGUCGCGGUACAAAAUUUAAGUUUCGGCGUGCAGGCGGGAAAGUGUUUCGGUCUCCUGGGGGUGAACGGCGCGGGAAAAAGCACGACGUUCAAGAUGCUGACAACGGAGAUCAUUCCUACGGCCGGCGAGAUCGUUCUGCGGGGAAAAGAAAUUGGCACCGGACCCCUGUGCAACGGCGAGGUUGGCUAUUGCCCUCAGAGCGACGCCCUAGACGGAUUCCUCACUCCUCAUCAAUGUUUGACGAUCCACGCCGAAGUUUGCGGUUUCAGUAACGUUCCUAAGGCCGUCGAGUCGGCACUGAAGAGGUUCGAUCUGCUUAAGUAUGCUUAUCGAAGGGUCGAUAGUCUCAGCGGCGGUAACAGAAGGAAAUUGUGCGCCGCUAUCAGUGUCAUGGCACCUGUGGCAGUGGUACUCAUGGAUGAGCCUACGAGCGGAAUGGAUCCCGCCACGAAGAGCCUCGUGGCCCGAGCCGUGAGGCAAGUGACGAGGAAUCAGGGUUGCGUCAUACUGACGUCGCACAGCGUCGCCGAAUGCGAGGACCUGUGCAACCAAGUUGGAAUUCUCGCCCGAGCCGGUCUCAGGUGUAUCGGAACGCCGCAGCAUUUGAAGCACAAAUUCGGGGAGGGAUACGUCGCCUUCCUGCGAUUCAGCCAGCCCGUUUCCGCGGCGGAUCUUAGGAGAGCCAUCCUGAAAUAUCUGCCACAGGCGAUGAUCUCUUCGAGGCAGGCUACGGCUGCUCGACUUUUGCUACCACGGAGCCAGGACAUGGCGCUCAGUGUGAGCUUCAACAUGCUGAAGCUCUUGGCGGAGGAGCUUAAGGCCACCGACUACACACUCACACAGAGCUCGCUAGACCAGGUUCUGGUGAAUUUCUCGGAGGAGCUGGACGACGAGGCCGGCGACGUGGCUGUGUUCGGUCAACCCAGCAGGAACAGCAUGCCCAACAUGUACACCAGCAUGGACACCAUUCACAUGGACACGUUUUGAGUGCGCUGUUCGAUCGAGCCAAGCUCCGGCGGCUCUUCGCUGGAGGACCCGUGGAGCAAUUAGAAUUAGCUUAAAUUUUAUGUCCUCCCGACAAAGCCUCUCUCUUGCUCAUUCGUGCUCUCACGGCACACGCGCGUAGCGAUUUUCGUGGCAAUUGCUGUGAUAGUUUGAACUUCUCGUUCGAUGCCACGACGAAACGUGUAAUAUGAGCUUAAACAGGAGAAACGAGAUAGAGAGGAUGCACUUUGCGGUCCUCGCAGGCUUCGUCGGGGAGAUUUUAGAUGUUCAUUCGCCUGUGGGCGACACGAAUUUAGAUCUGGGCCGAGUUCCUGAGAGGAGCAGAUUUUAGAAAUGCCCAGCGAGGCGCGAAACACAGCUCGACGCGGCUUCGGACCGAAUCUGUAAAUACUCCCGCGGAGACUUUAUUUUAGCGAAGAUUCCAGAGAGUUAUUAGUAUGCGUAGGAGAAUCUCAUUUCGAUUAGUUCGUAAGGUUUUUAGAAUUAUGGAAUUAAGGGAAAUUUACGUACUUUUUUUUUUUUCAAAGCGAUACGAGACAAACGCGGUCCUCACACCUUUAUCUCGAGUGAGCUCGUGAUCGAAACGAAUGCGCGAUAAAUUCCGAGCGAUACGCUCACCACGGGCUUCCGAAGGAGAAGAAUGUCCUGCGAAGAUGAGCAGAGCGGGAAAUCGAAACUCCCGACUCGCCACAGACAACUGCUCUGUCGAUUAACCUUCCGAGGGGCAAUGUAUUUUCACUACCUUCGGAGUGGCAACCAGGAUCAUUUGUGUCUUCCUCAAUUUUUCUCCUUCAGAACUGUUCGGUAAAAUCUCCAAAAAUUACCGAAACUUCUUUUAUCAUUCUACUUGAAGACCAUAUACGCUGUUUUGUCAACGAUAAUUUGCUAAAUACUGGAUUUUCAAUGAUUUUGUUUUGAGAAACGAGCACUUCUCACAAUAGCCUGGACACAAAAAUGACUCUGGUUGUUACUCGGAGAGUUAAAAUCUUGUUCAUCGUUAUUCUUUCAUUCGUCUACUCAAUUUUUUUUUUUAGUCUCUCGCUGCCUAUAUUAAAAACCAGAUAUUUCAUGCGCGUAUCGGUAUAUGAUUACGUAUAGUAUAUCGACGAAUGUUUUAUAAUUAGAUUAAAGUAAUAUUGGAGGAACAACUGUGCGUGUCGAGCGCGUAAAUUUCUCAUUAAGAAAUUGAUGAAAUACAACUUUUUUAAUUUAGCUAGUAGUACAUUGGUUUCCAUUUACUUCAGUACGCUUGCAGAUAAAUCCUUCGCAAGGACAAACAUGAUAAGACUCGAAAUUUUAGAUGUACAUUAUAACGCUACAAAUUCCGUCAAACUUGAAGGACCAAUGGAGAAUUUCGAAAUAUAAUAUUAUUCAGAUUAUUGAUUUUUGACGAUGCAAAUCGUUUGAUACCGUUUUAUUGAGACUUAAAGGACUUAUUUAGGAAUUAUUUAAUAUUCAAUUGUUUCGAUAGGGUCUCUCUUUAUACAUUUAUUUAAUCUUUCGUAAUUUUUAAUUUCAAAAAACAAUAUAUUAUAUACAUGUGAUUAAUUCACACAUAACUGCAGGGAGAGAAAGUACUUUUUAUGAUAAGCAAAUAUAAAAGAGUUUAAUAAAGAUUAAUAAAUAAAUUAGUAACUUGAAUAACAUUAUUUUUUAUAAAUUUCAAUAAAAUUUGGAGGCUCAAAAUAAAUGAAAAAGAAGGAAUAAGCCGCUGCAUCCUGUUUCCUGAAGUGAAAUCUUGAUUGUCAUCAUCACCAAGCGCUCAAUGAUAUCAUAUAAAAACAUAACUCAAUCGGAAACACUGUGUUAGUUAUUAAUCGUGUACAACUGUCCUGAUAAUUUCAUAACUUAUCACCUUAGCCACCUCAUAUGUUCGGAAUGCUUUGAGGUAAUCAUCGUAAUAGCGCUGUCGUGGCCGCCGAUUAUGCCUUGUCAUCGAUUGGCGGUUGGUGACUUUGCCCUUUCAAAGGUGACCAUUGUUUUUAUACUGUCAAGCGUCACGUACCAUUUCAUAACCGAUUUAUUACGCUUGAGUCAAUAAGCGACACACGUAUCGCGACGCAUAGCAUGUGUAUCGAUGAGUUAUUCACGAUUGGAUGAUAAAAAUAUCUCGUCGGCUAUUUUGAAAUAUUUAACCGGGCUUUCGCCGCAUCGCGUUAGUUGACACACGUUCCUCCGAUCUAAUCGUAUUUAAGCGAGUGUCAGUGCUAAUGUAACCACAAAUGAGUGUUUGAAAUUAUGGAGCAUUUAAGAGCAAGAUAUUAAAAAGAACACCGAAGACGUAGAACAUCAGGAUAGUAAUAUAUUUACAGGUGUGUCGAAUUAUUAUUAAAUAAAACGUUUCCGAUUUUAA